AGGCCUCGUGUCAGGAGGCGGGCGAUCCUCCCGAGGCGUCGGACGCACUCAAACAGAUACUGAACGCCGCCUACACUAUAGAGGUUAACAUAAAGUCGUCGCAUAAUCUCAUACGAGUUAUUUGGGAAAAAAUGCGACAAAUGGUUCAAACCAUUUCGUGGAAACCCUAUCCCAUUGUGGACUCCGAUUGGAAGAAGUACGUGACCAACGAUGUACUCGACAGUCUCAGCGAAUCCAGACUCGCGAAGAGUAUUUGCCUUCAGUUUAGGGAUCGACUCAAACAUUCGCACGAGAACUUCAUCGCCUCUCUUAAAGAAUUAGAGGCCGUACACUCGGGGCGAAUGCGACGGACGGACGACCGUCGAGAACAGGUCCGCAAGAAUCACGCGCCGGGUUUCGCGAAGUUUGCGUUGGAGUCGACUUCACUAAUCGAUGUCAUUAUUCACGGAAUGCCUCAAUUGGGACGCGAGAUAGGGAGGGGUCAGUACGGAGUGGUCUAUUCGUGCAGUCGUUGGGCCGGUUAUAAUCCGUGCGCAAUCAAGUCAGUGGUGCCGCCGGACGACAAGCACUGGAACGACUUGGCGAUGGAGUUCUAUUACACCCGAUCCAUACCAGAGCACAAAAGAGUCGUUCAAAUUAGAGGUGCGGUCAUUGACUACACAUACGGCGGCGGUAUUACGCCAGCGGUGCUCCUCAUAAUGGACCGAAUGGUCUGCGAUUUGUACGCUGCCAUCAAGAAUGGCUUGGAUUGGAUGGCGAGACUACAAGUGGCCAUCGAUGUGAUACACGGUAUUCGUUACCUUCACGGCCAGGGAUUAGUUCACAGAGAU